AUGGCUGCAGGUGGUGGCCGGGCCUUUGCUUGGCAGGUGUUUCCCCCCAUGCCCACUUGCCGGGUUUAUGGCACUGUGGUACAUCAGGGUGGGCACCUGCUGGUGUUGGGGGGCUGUGGCCGGGCUGGACUGCCCCUGGACACUAUGGAGGCACUGGACAUGGCCUCGCACACAUGGCUGGCACUAGCACCUCUGCCCACUGCCCGGGCUGGUGCUGCUGCUGUGGUACUCGGCAAGCAGGUGCUAGUGGUGGGCGGCGUGGAUGAGGGCCAGAGCCCAGUAGCUGCUGUGGAAGCCUACCUGGCUGACGAGGGCCGCUGGGAGCGACGAGCCACCCUCCCUCAGGCGGCCAUGGGGGUUUCGACUGUGGAGAGAGAUGGUAUGGUGUAUGCUCUGGGGGGAAUGGGCCCUGACACGGCCCCCCAGGCCCAGGUACGAGUAUAUGAACCCCGCCGGGACUGCUGGCUUUCACUACCUUCCAUGCCCACACCCUGCUACGGGGCCUCCACCUUCCUGCAUGGGAACAAGAUCUAUGUCCUGGGGGGCCGUCAAGGUAAACUUCCAGUGACUGCUUUUGAGGCCUUUGAUCUGGAGGCCCGAACCUGGACCCGGCACCCCAGCCUGCCCAGUCGCCGGGCCUUUGCUGGCUGUGCCAUGGCCGAAGGCAGUGUCUUUAGUCUGGGUGGCCUGCAGCAGCCGGGUCCCCACAAUUUCUACUCACGUCCACACUUUGUCAACACUGUGGAGAUGUUCGACCUGGAGCAUGGGUCCUGGACCAAGCUGCCUCGCAGCCUGCGCAUGAGAGAUAAGAGGGCUGAUUUUGUGGUUGGUUCCCUCGGUGGCCACAUCGUGGCAAUUGGGGGCCUUGGAAACCAGCCGUGCCCCUUGGGCUCUGUGGAGGGCUUCAGCCUUGCACGGCGGCGCUGGGAGGCACUGCCCACUAUGCCUACCGCCCGCUGCUCCUGUUCCAGCCUGCAGACUGGACCUCGACUAUUUGUUAUUGGGGGUGUGGCCCAGGGCCCCAGCCAAGCUGUGGAGGCGCUGUGCCUACAUGAGGGGGUCUGA